GAGCUGGGCGUGACCCCUCCCCUGGGCUUCUUUGAUCCGCUCGGGCUCAGCAAGUUCGACAAUCCGGAGAUCGCUGCGCAGCAGUUCCGCCGUAGGCGGAUCGUGGAGCUGCAGCACGGCCGAGUGGCGAUGCUGGCGUGCAUCGGAUACAUCGUCCCUGAGUACGUGCGCUUCCCAGGGUUCUGCUCCCCUUCGCAGUCCUUGGCCUUCACGGACAUCCCCAACGGCCUCAAGGGUGCUGCGGCAGUGCCGCUUGCAGGAUGGCUCCAGAUUGUCACCUUCGUGGGCAUCAUCGAGGUGUCCAAUCUUCAGAACAUUCAGACGGACGUCCUCGGCGACUACGGCUACGGUGCUUUCGGACUUCCCUUCGGCAAGAAGAUCGAGGACUCCGAGAAGAAGAUGAAGAGCCUCAACGCAGAGAUCAACAACGGAAGGCUGGCCAUGUUUGCGAUCAUCGGAAUGUUCUUCCAGGAUGGCCUGACCGGCUCCGCCUGGGGCGACUGGGCUACCUACACCGACUCGCCUCUGCGCGCUUUCGAGGAGGAGCUGGGCGUGCAAGCUCCUGUGGGCUUCUGGGAUCCCGUUGGCUACACCCGCGAUGGAAACGUCGAGACCUUCAAGCGCCGCCGUGAGACAGAGAUCAAGCAUGGCCGCGUAGCGAUGUAUGCGACCGUUGGCUACAUCGUGCCUGAGUCUCGGCCCUUGUGA